AUGAGCUCCCCGAGGGGUCUCUUUCGAAAAUUGCUUCUGGGGAGGGAGCGGGGGCGUAUUGAGGUGCGGUGGAAGCAGAGGAAGAAGGAUGGGCACGAGAAGGCUGGAUUCACGACUGCUGACGUGGAGGACCCUCCUGAUUGGCUGGACGGAACGAAGGGGGCGGCGGCAGCGGAGGGGAGAAAGGGAGAAGCGGAGACAGAGAGAGGGGUGGAGGAGGAGGAGGAGGAGGAGGAGGAGGAGGAGGAGGAGGAGGAGGAGGAGGAGGAGGAGGAGGAGGAGGAGGAGGAGGAGGAGGAGGAGGGAGUAGCAGAGACAGAAAGACGGGUAGUGGAGGAGGGAGUGGCGGAGGCAGAGGAAAGUGAGGGGGCAGUGAAAGGAGAGGAGGCGGAGGAAGAGGAAGCGGGGAGGACAGGAACGGCACGGGCUGGGGUAACAGAGGGGAGAGCGGGUGCAAAGGUUGGUUGUGUGGGCGGGACAGCGGCAGGUGGUGGAGCGGGGGCAGCAGAGGAGGAGGGUUUCGGCUUGACAUGGUCGGAGUAUGGGGCAAAGAGAGCGGAUGCUGGAGUGAGAUGA